UUUCUCCUCCUCCCUCCUUGCCUCUCUGUUCCUAUAAACCAGGCUGCCUCCAGGCAGCCUUUGCCCACUCGUCUCACUGGUCCCGAGCACACAGAGGUGCUGGGCGUCUCUGAGAAUGAGCACCUUUUCUGGCAUGAUGUGGCUGUGCCUGGCUGUCACCGCAGCGCUGGGAAUAGUUCUUUGCAAACUCAAGAAGAGCCCAGGGCAGGUGGGGAGCAAGGUGGCCUGCCUGGUGGGCCUCUGGGGAGGGGCUUACCUGUUCAGCCCGUCCCUCUUCUGGGGCUUGAUGCUCUUCCUCCUGUCCUGUCUCCUCAUGUGUACUUACUUUUCUAGCCAGGAGUUUUUACCUGUGGAUCAAAAGGCGGUGCUGAUCACAGGUGGCGAUUCUGGAUUUGGCCAUGCUCUGUCCAAAUAUCUGGACCAGCUUGGCUUCACAGUAUUCGUGGGAGUUCUACAUGAAAAGGGACCAGGAGCCGAGGAACUGCGAAGAACCUGCUCGGAGCGCCUCUCCGUGCUCCAGAUGGACAUCACCGACUCGCAGCAGAUAAAAGACGCCCACAGCAAAGUGGUGGAAAAGCUGCAGAACAGAGGACUGUGGGCUUUGGUCAACAAUGCUGGCAUCAUCGGCUUACCAGCUGACGGGGAGCUCGUUCCCAUGACUAACUACAAACAAUGUAUGGCCGUGAACUUCUUUGGGGCCGUGGAGGUCACAAAGACAUUUUUGCCUCUUCUUAGGAAAUCCAAGGGGAGGCUGGUGAACAUCAGCAGCAUGGCAGGAGGGGUCCCCUUUGAAAAGAUGGCAGCCUAUAGCUCAUCCAAGGCAGCUCUGACGAUGUUUUCAGCAAUCCUGAGACAAGAGCUUUCCCAAUGGGAAGUUAAAGUCUCUGUGAUCCAGCCCGGAGGCUUCAGAACAAAUAUCUCGGGCACGCCUGAGACGUGGAGCAAGCUGGAGCGGGACAUCCUGGACAACCUUACCCCCGAAGUGCUGGAGGACUAUGGACAGGACUAUAUCCUUGGGCAGCUGGAUUUUCUCAAGAUCAUCAGCAGGAGCGGCAGCCCCGACGUGUCCCCUGUGCUCCGGGACAUCCGGCACGCCGUGUCUGCGAAGAGACCCUGUGCCCUUUACUCACCAGGGCCGAUGGCUUUCCCGAUGCUCUGCUUUGUGUCCUUUAGUCCUACUGGCAUAUUUGAUUAUUUUAACAAAAAGAUGUGUCACUUUACAGGGGGCGUGCCCAAAGCGUUAACUAAGCAGGCCUAAGUAAAGAAUAAGGCACACGGGCAAAUAUGUGGGAAAUGUUAGUCUCGGGAUGAAAAGAAAACUUGAACUUCCCAUUAAAGUUGUGGUUUCCUCCCUUGC